AUGUACGAUGAUAUUUUUUCGUCGGUUUCAGCAGCGGCUGUUGAGCUUCAAAAUAGCAACAGCCAAUUGUGGUUAGGUGAAGUCUGUAACGAGUUUAGUGAAAAUCUCCAAACCCAUCUUGAGUCUCAUUAUCGUACUUGUACUGGACGAAAUGCUGGAAUGGAAUGCCGUUUUUGCCCACGAGAAUUUCGAACGGUUGCGGAAGUAAUGGAACACGAAAGUUUGAAACAUACAGCUGCAAAUAAAUCAGCAACAAAGGGAGUUUUGAAAUGCAGUGAUUGUAACGCGAAAUUUUCUUCAACAUAUGCAUUGCAAUCGCACCGAAUGAUGCACAUUGGCGUACACGAGGUGUGGGGUUUGCUUCAAGAACUUCAGUACGAAGUUGGCGUUAUUCGUAAUGGAAAGGUGAAGAAUAUUGAUGUUUUGGAUUUGAGAAGCAGUGAUGAAAUCGAUUGCGAAGAAAAAAUGCUCAAGAAAGUCAAAACUGAAACUGCGGAAGAAGAUUCUCAAUGCAAACGUGAGCCUGUUUGUAUGGAAAAAAUUGAAAAUAUUCAAAUCAAACAAGAAGUGAAAACUGAAAUUAUCGACGAUGAAUAUCCCACAAAUUAG